GGAUCGAAACUUGAAAGAUUAUAAAUUAAAAAGGUAGAAAAAGCCCAAAAUUCUUUUUAAAACUUGAAACUAAUUUAGUUUUGCAACUGCAGAAUCUUUUCUUUUAAAAAGCUUAAAUUUGGUAGCGUAACUAUAAUUCAACGCUUAAGGUUGUGUGUUACUAUUUAACAACGACCAUGUAUUACGACCUUGCAACCAAACCCCCAAACCCAUCUCCCAUUACGGCAACAUCGCCAUCGCCAUCACCCAACUUGACAACACUAUUUAUUGAACCCAGCGGAACCCCACCUACACAACCGCAGAUUGACAUUGUCCGGUACACAUGGGAACGUAUAGCAGAAACGCGGCUAGAAACAGAUGAUCCAAAUAUAUCCCCGGUGCAUGCAUUUUCAUUAGAGUUCUAUGAUGCGCUCUUUCAGGUAAAGCCGUCUUUGCGAGAAUUGUUCCCAAAUAUAUUCCAGCAAGCCAAAGCCUUAGCUGGUAUGAUUUCCUUUAUUACCAGAGCUCCUAGUGUCGUUUGCGAUUCCAAAAAAAACACUCGACGUUCAAGUGAUUCUGAACACUUUUGCAGUAUCGGUAGUGCGUACAUUAAAAAAGACAACAAUGACAACGACAAAACUCUGUCCAAUAUGUGUCCAGCAAUGAAUUCAAAGAACAUCAUGUCCUUGCGUGAAUUAAAUGCGCUGAAACGUCAGAAAAAUACCGCAUCCAAUUUCGCCGAAUUAGUCACUAACACUGCAGCAGCAGAUAAACAGAAGAACUGUUCAUCAACAUCGUUGCCUAAUUCGCUUCUCUAUGUGAAUGAUAUUGAAAGCAGUGCUGAAUAUCAUGACACGUUUCUACAAAAGAUAAGGGAACUGGGAGCAAGACAUUAUUUUUAUCAUACAGAUCCAAAAGACCUGCCAUUAGUGGUACCUGCUGUGCUUCAUGCUCUAAGAACUCGAUUAGGAAGAGAGUAUUUACCGGAAGUUGAAGAAGCGUGGAUUAAGGCACAAGCAUACCUUAUAUACCAUAUGAAAGUUGGCCUAGCCGAAGAAACUGCACUACAGCACGGAGGAAAGAAAAAGUCGGCUUUUGCACAAUUCAAAUCCAGUGUACAUCAUCAUCAAUAUGAUACCAAGACCAACUGUACAAUUCAAUAGCAUGGGAUAGUUAUGUAUAUAAAUUUGAAAUUUAAAAUUUUUCCCUAUGUUAGUAGACCAUUUUAUUAUCACUUGUAAAUGACUCGCUUUAAAUGAUGGUAUAUAUUUCUAUAAAAUUUUGUUAACUAACAAAAGCACGCAUUGAGUAUGAGUAAACGAGUGGAUGUAAAAGUUUUAGGAAAGUGCUGGUAUCGAGGUAUCUUGUGGUAUACAAAAAUCAAAGAUUUGUUAGGGCAAUAAGGAGGCUGAAGAGCGCUAAUAAAAGGACUGGACUAUACGCUGAAAAGCCAGAGGAGCUACCAAUGUGAUUUAGUCAUGCUUGGUUAGUUGUGAUUUGCCGCUUCCUCUUUAGUUAUGGAAAAUAAAAGGGGGUUGGUCGCCGCAGCUUAGAAAUAAAGCUCGCUCCGCAGCAAUUGCCAUUGAAUAAGGUUACUUAUAGCGCUUUUGUCUGU